UACGUUUAUCUCAUGUUUGCCACAGGAGAAGAGUAUGUGAGGCUAGUUACCAUGGCUCGGCUGAUAGAAGGUAACUUAAUGAGCUCUAUUCAUUUUCAUGUGUAUCUGAUUUCCGAGAUUUGGUACCAGAAGUGGAGCACCGGUGGUAGAGUAUGGCUGUAGUUUAGCAUCUGGGACUCCUAGGUAACCCAAGUUUUAUUCUGUUUUCCAGAAUAUGUUGUCUCUUUCCACUUAGCAGUUAUUAGAUUAAACAUAUUUUUCCUGGGAGAGGGGGGUCUGGAAUCCAGAUCUAUCUUCUCCUUUCCUUCUUUCUUAAAUCUACUUGCCUACUCUAUUAUAGUUAUGUUUAGCACUCAGCUUUAUGAAUUAUUCUUCCCAUACAAAUUACACUUAUUAAGAACUGGACUUGUCCACUGCCUAACAGGGUUUUGGAUUCCACUUCAGAGGCCAGAUACCUAACCACUAGGCAUUACAGUAACUAAUUUGCAAGCAUCUAGGUCCCAUUGUUGGUUCUGCUCCUAAAUAGAAAAAAAUACCAUUAAGAUAUGACUUUAAUUUAGCUAAUUACCAAUCUGGUAAAGACCUAUGUAAUUUUAGUCAUUCUAAUUAUUUUGUUCUGUAAUACUAAUCUGCUUUUCUCUCUCUGCAAAUGGCUUCUAUGUCUCCCAAAAAACACCUGUUUGUUAAGCUCCAGACUGUCUUAAAGUUUUUAUUUUUACUUCUGCUGAAUUAAGGUAAUGUGCAAUGAAAGUACAUACUUGACAUAAGGCCCUGGUGGUUAACAGUGGAGAAAAACUGAGCUGUCCUAACCUCUGGAUCUCCGUCAUAGUUCAGCUACAGAACGCAACAGGAUUAUUGCCUAUUAAAGUGACAGACUCAUUCAUUUUCAUUGAGAGUAUUAAGUUUCAGUCAGCUGAUUGGUUCAUAAAGUCCAGUCUUUUUUUCUAUCAGUGUAAAGAAGCACUUUUACUAUCCAUGACAUUUGUGUCUCUUUCAAUUGUCUAAUUUUAUAAACUUGCUUUUAGGUGACAUUCUGCAGUGAGAAAGUGCAUGUAGCAAUUAUGGGACAGGAUAAGCUGGAUUUCCUUUUCCAUUUCAAAGUUUAGUUUGCUUUAUCAAUGAGGUUUCUUGUUAUGUAAGGUGAAAAAAGCUACAGAGGAUAUUUUCUCUGAACCUAGCUGCCAGUUACUUAUCUUUGGCACUAAUAAGAAGCUUUUAUAAUGGUACAGCCUUUUUCAUUCUGAAAAAGGAGGCCUGUUAUACAGCAACAUUCCUAUAUUCCUACCCUCUAAACAAUCCACACAAAAAAGGACAUGCAGUUGGAAAACUUCUAGUAUCAAGCCAAAACUGAAAUGUCACUUCUCCCAAAGUUAAUUAUGACAUCUGAGGUAGUAACUAAUCCCUAUUCUAUGUCACCACCACAGCAGUCCAAACCACAUCUGUUUUUUUAUUGGUUAGAUGAGAUCCACAUGGAUGUUGAGCUGAUUUCUAACUAUCCUUUGAAGUAAAACCUCUCAUCAGAAAACAUCAACACUUUCAUUUGUACAAACAGAUGGAAAUGGCACUUCUUAAUUUUUUUGGGGAAUAAAUGUAUUAAGACCACUGCAUACUUGUCUAAUUUCUAUGUAUAUGCUUGUGUGUGCAUAUACAGAUGUGCUUACACUUAAAUGCAAACUGUUACAUGGUGAGUGUUAGGCUUUCCCUGUCCCCCCUCCACUUUCCGUUGUUUGAGUCCUUCAUUGUAGUUAAGAGUCCACAGUCCAGAAUACCAAUUUAGAACUACUUAGGAAUGACAAUAGUUCAAGUCAUACUGACAAAAACUAUGGGUAAUAUUUGUGUAAAUAAAUGACAGACCUUUAUUGCUACCAAUAAGAACAUUUAGCUUUUUAAAGGACUACUUUUGUUGUAGGUAACAGAUACAAACUAUCAUCCUGUUUCCCGCUGUUUUGCAAUUUGAACUGGUGGAGAAUGGUUUCUUCCACUAUCCUUUGAUAUUCUUUCAUAUGUCUAACAUAGGAAGGUAGAAGAAAGUUCAUAAUGAUCCUUUUUAGCCUGAAAUAUGCUAUAAAUUUUAACUGAAAGUGGUUUUGCAAGUAUACCUCCUACAUCUCAACUGAUAACCUUCCUAGCAUGUUGUGCUGACAUUGUCAGCUGACAGCAUACCACAGAUUGUUUGGCUUAAUUGCAUAAGACAGAAUAGUUCAGAAGAUGUAAGCGUGCUUUAUUCAAAACAGAAGGGUGCAUAUGAAGGAGUUGUCUGAAAGCAUGGAGUAAUGUAGCUUUGGCAUGACUUAAGUAUUUAUUUGUAAAUAUGAUUAAUAACAAGAUAGCUCCUUUUCAUUGAGCCUAAUUGUUCCUCUGUUUUGCUUUGUGCAUGCAUGUUUAACACGUCUGAAGAAGUUCACAUUAGAAGUAGUACAUAGUUAAAGGACUGAGUUAAAGGGAAUUAGAAUCAUAACUAUUUUGUGUGCUUUCUCCUUUACUCUUAUCGGCUAGGAGAAAAAAAUGAAAAUUUGGAACACAAGAAUGGAGGUUGCUGAACCCAGAAACAGUUUUGGCAAUGAAGCAUCCUGCAGAAAACGAGAGGAUUAUUUGGAAUGGCCUGAAUAUUUUAUGGCCGUAGCAUUUUUGUCAGCACAAAGAAGCAAGGAUCCAAGUUCUCAGGUUGGUGCCUGCAUUGUAAAUUCAGAAAACAAGAUUGUUGGAAUUGGAUACAAUGGGAUGCCAAAUGGCUGCAGCGAUGAUGUACUACCUUGGACGAGAACAGCAGCACAUAGACUAGACACAAAAUAUCCUUAUGUAUGCCAUGCUGAAUUGAAUGCCAUCAUGAACAAAAACUCAGCUGACGUGAAAGGCUGCAGCAUGUAUGUUGCCUUAUUUCCAUGUAAUGAAUGUGCAAAGCUCAUCAUCCAGGCAGGCAUAAAGGAAAUUAUUUUUAUGUCUGACAAGUAUCACGACACUACUGAAAUGACAGCAGCACGGCGGAUGUUUGAUUUAGCUGGUAUUGUAUACAGGGAAUUCAAGCCAAAAUGUAACAAGAUCAUCAUCGACUUUGAUUCAAUUAACAGCAGACCAAGUCAAAAGCUUCUGUGAAUUAAGUCUCAUUAAAUCUCUAGAAGACUGUGAUUAUCCUUUUCUAAAAAGCUGCUAAUGCCUUUCAUCUUGAAGUUACUUGCAACUUUUUAAUGGUUUCUAUAGCUAAAGUAGACUUCUAAGAAAUGUAAGGCAUAAAAUGUUCCCCUCACUUCAUCUUGUCACGUGGAAUCUAAAUCUACUUAAAAAAAUGUAAUGCCUUUAUCAAAUCUGCUUCAAAAGUCUAGAAACGUGUAGUUGAGACAAUAUAAUGUAUGUAAAGAAAACUGUUCUGAUUCUUCCUGUAUUUGUCACCACAUGCUCUGAUAGGCUGUCAGCAUUCGUUUAGACUCAGUUUAACAGUAGUUCUUACUGUAACUAGAGGUACAUUGGAAUAUGCUAAUAUAUGUUGAUCUCUCUAUUGGGUGUGUGGGUCUAAAUAGUUGAUUCUAAUAGAUAACAAAAAAUGUUAUCCAUUCAAAUACUAAUCUUCCAACUAGCAUAACACUAGUAUUUUAAAAGGCUAUACAGGUUAAAGAAUGUGUGAUCUUCUACAUGCAUUAUCCAACAACUGGAAUAUUGAUUUUUCUUUUAAUUGCUAUCUAACAAUGUUAUAUUUGAGGAGAGGUGAGAGAGGAAGUUGUUCUGAGAAUGGUCCAUGAUGGAGCAAGCUUCAGAGCCCUUUCAAUUCCUUAUUUUUCCCAAGACUCUAGAACUGAGAGGGUUAGAGGGAGUAAAUCAUUUGUCUCUUACCUUUGGGACUCUUAUUUGGAGUUGGUUUUCAUGUAUAGAAGGAAAUUAGUUUAUUGGUCUAAGUUGUUUCUAGACAAUCCAACAUAGUUCAAUCUUAAAAUUAACCUAUAAGGUAACUGAAUCAUUUUUUGUCCUUUGAGAGAAAUUGGAGAUAUUCAACCCGUAUCCACAUCUGUGCCAAAAGAGGUAAUUAUGGUGUUAGCUUGUUUCCCAGUGCUGGCAUAGUACCUUCAUUUUCAUAAAUGUUGCCUAAAAUAAUGUCCUUUUUAAUUUUAUCUUGAGAUCUGGGAAUAGAUUUGAGUUCCUUUUCUCUAAUUUGAUUUUUUUAAAUUAAAUAUGCCUAAUGGCUUUGUUUAGAUAACAUUGUUGUUGGUGGGUUGUUUUUUUGUUUUGCCUUUUCUUUUUUUAAAUGUGGUUAUACUUCAGUGAGCUUUUAUUUUCUCUGUAAAAGCUUUGUUUCAUAUUUUGGGACAUUAUGUAAUUUGGCUUCAUACCAGUAUUAUUAAAGUCUUAUUAAAAUCCA